CUGGAAACCAGUGGAAACAUAGACUAUAGAGAAAUUGUGUGGAAAAUUCAGGGAAAUUGGAAAGACCGUAUUGAUUUUAGAAGAUACAGAACAGAACUUAAGUCUUACGUAGUGUAUCCGCAUUUGGUUUAAAAGCAAAUACAAUAAGAUGUCCGCUAAACUCCACGAAGCGCAAGAGCAUUGUAAGGCAGCAGAGAAAUUUUUAAAAACAUCCUUGCUGAAGUGGAAACCUGAUUAUGAUUCCGCUGCUGACGAAUACAGCCAAGCAGCUCAAUGUUAUCGCAUUGCGCGUGAUUUGCAAACUUCAAAGGAUUGCUAUUUCAAAGCUGCAGAGCUUUAUAAGAAGAAUCGCGCGUUUUUCCAUGCGGCCAAAGCACUUGAGAAUGCUAUUAUAGUCGGCAAAGAGAUCACACCUCCUGAUCAGCUGUACUCCCUUGCCUGCGACUCGAGCAGUUUGUACCAGCAACAUGGCUCGGGUGAUUCCGGUGCCAGUGUCCUGGACAAAGUGGCGAAAAUCAUUGAGGAAAGAGCUCCAGAGCUGGCCGUUAAGCUCUUUCAGCAGGCUGCUGAUGUUUCAUCGACUGAAAGUGGUCAGCAUCAAGGCUCAGAGUACAUUAGCAAGUCAUCAAGAAUUUUGGUUAAACUGCAAAGAUAUGAUGAGGCAGUGGAUAGCCUUCGACGUGAAAUCGGCUUCCAUCAAGAGUCUGGAAACAUCAUGGCAGUUGGGAGGCUGACAGUUGCGAUUGUGCUCGUGCAAUUGGCGAGAGGCGAUGCUGUCGCUGCCGAGAAAGCUUAUAAGGAAUGGGGCAACAACUGCGAGGUCCCAGAGAUGCAGACCAUCGAGCAACUACUGCAAGCGUACGACGAAGAGGACCGCGAGUCUGCAAAGAAGGCGCUCGCGUCGCCCUUCAUCCGCAGCAUGGACGUGGAGUACGCGCGGCUCGCGGCUACCAUCCCGCUGCCGGAGUCGCUCGAGCCGGUGCCCAAGGGCGGCGUGCGCGAGAACGCCGCGCCUUCGUACGUCAGCGCGAGUGCUAACAGCAUAGCGAAGAUGGACAACGAAGUGAAUACGCGAAUACAGAGCUCUUUCGAAGCUGCUCAAGACACUAAGGAGCAAGGCGCUGAGGACGAGGGAGGGCUUUGCUAAUCUCGCACAAACACAAUGACACGGCAGGAUCACGGCCACUGCAUUGAUCCGAUAAUCGAUGUUUGACAAGUUUAUGAUGGAUGAUAAAUAUCGAUUUUUUUCCAAUUUGAAUAGAGCGGUAAUAACACCUACCAUGUUGCCUUACUAUAAGUUUGCAUAUCUGCUAACUAAGUGUCUAACACUGAAUGGUGGCCACUGAGCUCAUAUGACAUUCAUUUUUAAUCCACUGAAGGCUUUCUACAAAAAUUAUUUUAAUAUCAUUCAGUGAAGCAGCAAUGUAGAACGAAUCAGUAUGAAAUGAGCCCGGUGACUAUCGUUCAGUGUUAGAUACUGAGCUAGUGAAUCAGGGCCAUGGACAACGAUAAACGAGUGUUGAAACACAUUAUUUAUUAGAAAAUUUACAAUGUUGUAGCGAGAACAAAAAACACAUGCCGCCGCUACGAAUUCUAUCUGCAAAAAGUAUGUAUAUGUGUGAUGCAGCUAAAACUCGCUUGUUUAUUGGAGUUUGUUUGACUAGUUACAUCCUGGCUGACUGAUCUAUCAAUGGUCAGCCUAAACCACUGGGAUUAGAAGCUCGAACAGUUAGUUCCUUUUCUGACGUAAGCAUUCAAAUAAAUAGAUUCAAUUUUUAGAUAUUCCAUCCUAAGAGGGCUAAAUUGGGGAUGAAAGUUUCAAGUUAUAUAUAAUAAUUCUAUGAAGAUUGGUAUUGGAGAUUUCGGCACAAAUAAAGUAGUAGUGUUUCAGGAUUUUUGAAAAUCCCACUCCCUCUUCGUACUUCAAAAAUUUCACUCAAGGGAGCUGGGGCGGGUCAGCUGGUAAUUAUAUAUAUUAUAUUUACACUAUCAUGAUAGUGUAAACCCUAAAAUUCUAUAUGAAAUAUUAUACUAAUAACUCCUUUAUUCCAAUUGGAUAAGUUCUAGAGUAAUAAAGUAUAAUUAAUUAACCGUCAGAGAGACAGUUGCAGUUAGUGUGCUGGCCCGACGUGCUUGGACCGUGCCUUUAAUUUUGUAUGAAACAUUACAUUGCCGGCCGGUCGUUCACGUCACGAAUUCCUGUGUGACGAGUGUUUUAUGAUAUAACUAUCGAUCUCACUACAGUACUUGCUAUAUAUAGCUGCAGUCUAGAUAGUAAAACAUGUGAUCAUAGAGUCAUCUGCAGCCAUUUACAAGCAGUAUCUGACUUUUUAUCAAUAAGGGCCUAUAUUAUGUUUGCUAAAUAAUUAUAUUGUUCGUAAUUCUUAUUUAAAUAACCGACUUUAAAAAAAGUUUGUAAAUACAAUAUGUAAUUUUUUUUGUCCUGUUCGACGGUUAGAACAGAAUCAGAAUGUUAAAAAGUCUAAAUAAUAAUAAGUUCCAAUGUAGUCGGGUCCGACGAGGAUGAAUGUAAAGACGAUAUUCGUUAAGACAUAAUUAUUAUAUUACAAUGAGGACAUGACAUAUAUCACAAAGAAGACGUCUCAUAUAUUACAAACAAGAUGAGAGUCAACGCCCGAACCAUUGCCACAUGAGAGUCGGAUCCCUGGAAGCAAAGGUCGGGGGCGAACGAGAGUCAAGUCCCUUACGAUCGUCCCACCCAGUGGAAGCGAAAGUCUGAAGCACGACUUCAUUGCACUAUUUAAAUAGCUGUCUCUGGGAGGGGCUAUGGGUGCGGCCUUUUAGGGGGUAAUUUUAGAGUGGCAUUGAGUUGUAAGAAGCCGCCUCUAAAUUAUCGCUAGUUCUAUUCCGGAUAUAUAAUGUUACAUAGUUCGACUUUUAGUUAAAUUUUAUGUAUAUAAUGAAGUUUAUAGUAAGUUUAUACAUGGUUAAAUAAAAAAUGUCGGAAAGCUCUCGGCACGUAAUUGUUAUCAUUAAAUCUAACAAUUUUUGCUCUACGACUUUUCAUAAUUUCGUAUUAAUUUAUUUUAUAC